UCUUCAGCAAAUGACUGGGUAUGCUGGCAUUUUUGCUAAUGCUUUGAAUGUCUGUCAUCUACCAGGUUUAAAAGUAAAUAAUGCUGUUUGAAUUCCAUAGGAUCUAUUUGCAACCGGUUGGAAAAUAAUAAUUAAUUCAGAUACCUAUAAAUUUUAUGUGAUAAAAGUAGUCUAGUCUUUCCUCUUGAAAAAUGGAUCAUGUAAUUCAUUUUUUUUAACAAUACUGUGUUAAUAUGAUCCCGACUUUAGAGUGAUAGUUUUCACUAACCUACCCAUUUCUUCUUUUGUCCUCUUUCUCUUGCAUUGUUUUGCCUUUGACUGUAUCCAUUGUGUAAUUUCACAUUCAACCACGGGUUUGCUCUUGAGAGUAGAGUGUUCCCAUGUGCCCACCUUCACCACUCAUCCACCGUGUUUCAUCGUUUUCCCCAAACCUACUGCCAGUCCCUGAAAUGGACUGGCUUUCAGACAUUUCAGAGGAAGACCCCUUUGGGGAGGCCGACCAGAUCACCCUAGACAGCUUAGAGCUCCUUUCCACAGGUGAAACAUCAGAGCAGGGGGACCCUGAAGUCGCCACAUCUGAUUUGGUCUUGGAUCCUACUGUAGUCCCUCCUCAGCCUGACUGUCCUUCUCCCAUCCAUGAGAAGACUCCUAAAGCGGCUGACCAUGAUGAUUCUGAGUGUGGUUACUUCUUCAGUUUCUACAAAUGUUUUCCCUCUGGCUUCCCCUCCCUUCUUGAUGAAGAUGGGUAUCUUGCUUUCCCCAGCCUCCCCAGGGUCUGGGUCUCCUUCCUCCCCGCUGGUGUUCAGCACUAUGUCCCCAUCACUUCCCCGUCAUUCAUUCCUUCCCUUAUCCUCAUCUUUGGGCUACUUCUCUCUGCUUCUCAGUCGGUUCCUUUUUCUCUCACCUUUUCCCUUCCUCUGGCUCUGUCCCUCUGCUAUCUGGAGGCUAAAGCCACCUCCUUUAAUGUUUCUUCUGACUGUGACUUGAAUGACAAAACAGAGGAAGAGGAAGCAGUUGCUGAUACUCCUACAUAAGCUUUAAUUUGUGGAGUCAACAAACCUUUAUCUUUAACCUUUCCUA